AUGAAGACCUUCUCGCUCUCUAUGGCUCUGCUGGCCGCCGCCAGCAUGGUCUCUGCCGAGAUCUCGGUUGGCCAGUGCGCGCGCAUGUGCAUCAACAACAUGAACGACAAGGCUUCCGAAUUAGGCUGCGACAAGGGUGACCUGGCCUGUCUCUGCAACGCCGACAACUACAAGUUCGGUAUCCGCGACUGCACCUCCCAGGCCUGCCCUGAUGACGACUCCAACAAGGUUGUCAACAUUGCCUUGAACGCCUGCCCCGACUCCAGCUCUGCUGGCUCCUCUGGAACUAGCACUGGCACCGCCUCCGACAGCACUGCUACUGGUACCAAGAGCGGUGGUGCUGGCGCCGGCGCGACUGGCACCGAUGCUACUGGCACUGCUACCGGCACUGCUACUGGUACUGCUACCGGCACCGCGACUGGAACUGGUGCGACCGGCACUGGCGCCACGGGUACUGGAGCCUCCGGCUCUGGUACUGCCACCGGCACCGCGACUGGCACGAACUCCGGCUCUGUCACCGGCACCAACACCAACUCCGGCGCUUCUUCUACUGCCACUGGCGGCUCCCAGACUGUCUCCAACACUACCGGCACUGGCGCCACCGGCACGACUAUGAGCACUGCCACCAGCACUGGCGGUUCCGGCUCCGGCUCCGGUGAUGACAACGGCUCGGGCUCGGGCUCUGACUCUGACUCUACCGGCUCCGGCAGCUCUUCCACCGAGACUGCUCCCUCCAGCUCUGAGACCGCCGACUCUGCUGCUGCUCACAACGUCAUCAGCGGCGGUGCCUUGGGCGCUCUGGGCCUGGCUGCUCUCUUGGUUCUCUAA